AUGGCAGAACGUGAAAGAAGAGCGGGUGAUAGAGUAAGGCUGUCAUUGAUCUCUCUUUCUUUCGCGCCUUUUCUCGCUCCCUUUGUCUGUCUGCUCUCUCUCACUCUAUCUUGCUCUCGCUUUCUUUCUGUGGAUGCGUCCUCGCUCUACGAAGCACGGCGGAGUUCGGACAGCCUGCCGCCUUCUCCUCUCCUCUCCGUCGAGUUCUUCUGGAACCCUUUCUCGUGCGCGAAUCCGGAGGAAGAGUGGGAGGCCGCAUCCGGCGGAGGAGUCCACCGCCGAAGACGCCGAGGUCACGGUCGGCGCCGCCUCACGGAGAGGUCGUACGUUCCCAGGCUUCUGCUUCCCUGAAAGGCCGCUCCGGGUAUGUUCUAGUGCCGUCUUUCGACGAAUUCUCGCCUUUCGUUGAUUCGGGGGUUAUGUUCUAGUGCCGUCUUUCGACGAAUUCUGGCCCUUCGUUGAUUCGGGGGUUAUGUUCUAGUGCCGUCUUUCGAUGGGUUCGUGAUUUUCUGUGUCGGGGGCAUCUUCUUAUGGACUCUUUGGAUGGGAUCUUUAUUUUCUUUGAUUUGGACUUUCGGUUGCCUGCGGUGGUGGGGGUGGUGCGAGAUUGCUGAAGAAAGCUCUGGCUUUCCUCCUUCCUCUUAUUUAUUUACCUUCUUCCGAUUUGUUUUGCCGCUUCGUUGCUGAUUCGAUUUGAUGUUUGGUCUGGGUAGGGGGAUCUAUCUUCUUCUUUAGACUUCCAUCCGAUUGCUCUUUGGGGACGGAUGAGUUUACCGUCUGGAGGAGAAAAGAUUAUUUCAGCAAGGUUUAUCGAUUGACGGUGACGGGUGAGCGUGUUGAAUCAAGGGGCACAUUCGAUUUUCAGAUCGCUGAGCGAUCGACCAGUUUCUGGAGAAGAACCCGGUGAUUUCCGGCAGGAAACAACACCCUCCGUACCUGCAGCUCUCCCGAGCGUUAUUCCCCACCCAGAAAAACCAUCAGAACUUGGUGGCGGGCUGUCCUGUUGAGAAAGCAGCUGGAAUCGAGGGAGGAAGUGUGGACGAGGUUGUCGGGCUACAGGAGGAAGCGAGGAUGUCUCCCAUCCCGGAUCGGGUACAUGCUUCGACGUCCCUCAUUCCUUUCCUUGACGGCGACUGUAGAGAGCUUUCUCUCUCCAUCCCAAAGCACAUCACAUCUUGACAAUAGGAAUGUCCUAUCCAAAAUCGACAGGUGCAGGUCGGAAAUUCUCCAUUAUACAAGGUAGAGAGAAUGUUGGGUGCAGGAGGUUUUGGGCUGGUCUACAUUGGACGAAGGGUGGCUGGUGGAUCUCAGGGCGAUGGGCCCAAUGCCUUUAAGGUUUAGUUUCAACCUCCCAUCACUCCUGCCAAGGGAAUCUUUAAAUACUGCUGUUUUAUGUUGUCUCUUUCAUUUUCCUGCGGUGGGUGUAGGUAGCACUGAAGUUUGAGCAUAGAAAUAGCACGGGUUGCAGAUUUGGCCCCCCAUAUGAAUGGCAAGUUUAUGAGUAAGAAGACACCCCCUACUGCUCUAAUUUAUUACGUAUUGUGUCGAUCUAAAACUACGUUCUUCAUCUGACUUUGUGAAUAUGGUUUUAGCCAUCUCAAGGGAUGCUAUGGAUUGCCUAGGGUGCACUACAAGGGCCGCCAAGGAGAUUAUUUCGUCAUGGUUGGCGUAGAGUCUUUCAUUUUAUUGUUUCCUCGAAUUAUGUUUUUUAUUGAAAGCUAAUUAUGAUAUUGUUGAUGAUGAUUGCUGCAGAUCAUGGACAUCCUUGGACCAAGUCUCCUGGAUGUGUUCAUAUCCAUUGGGCAAGUGUAAGAAAAUAAUCUUGACUUCAUAUUCAAAGUCAAUAUUCUGUUGAGAAUUGUGCUAUUGAGUUUGACUAACUCCUUGGACAGAAUGCCACCAAAUAUGGUGGCUUGUAUUGCUGUGGAGGCAAUAUCCAUCCUUGAGAAGCUACACCAAAAAGGGUACGUAUGGCUUUGUGGCAGUGUGAUAUUUUUUCAAUUAAAUUUUUGCAAAGGUCACAGUAAUCAAUUCAUUGCUCCCUUGUGCACUCCCCUCCCUCCCUCCACCCACACAAAAAAAAAAACAUGCCAGGUUUGUGCAUGGAGACGUCAAGCCAGAGAAUUUAUUGUUGGGUAAACCCGGAAGCUCAGGGGAGAAGAAGCUUUUUCUCAUCGACUUUGGGCUGGGUAUGUUGCUGCAUUCCAAUCACUUCUUGUUUUCACCUUUCGCACCUAUUGAUUUUAGAGUAGGGUUUGUUUUUCCAAGUAUAUAAACAAAUUCGUCUUGACUGAGAAGUCCCUGUCUGUAUCAACAUCAGUGAUAUUUUUGUGCUUUGUUCAGAGCCUGUACAAAUGCUAAUUGGUGUCAUUAAUAUUUUAAUCAGCUUCAAUGUGGAGGGACAGUUUGUCAGGCCAGCAUGUCAGCUUAUGCCAACAGCCAGAUAAUUUCAGGUUUUUUGGGAAACGAUAUUCUAUUUUUUCCCUAAAUUCUUAGCUAAGAGGAGGAUUCAUAAAAUCUUACCCCUACCUUACUAUCUAUCUCAUGUUCCCUAGGGGCACAACACGAUAUGCAAGCGUCCAUGCACAUUUAGGCCUCACAGCGAGUAGAAGAGAUGAUCUUGAGUCAUUGGCCUACACUCUGAUUUUUUUGAUUAAAGGAAGGCUGCCGUGGGAAGGCUAUCAGGUUUGCUUUCACCUCUACUUGUACAUGUUCUCCCAUCUCUUUGAUUGAUCACUUGCUGAUUCUUAUGCCAACUAUGUAGGGGAAUGACAAGAGGUUUCUAGUCUUCAUGAACAAGACUGUAACCUCCCCCGAGACGCUGUGUGGUGGCUGUCCCCCUCCUUUUGCACAAUUCCUUGAAGCAGUGAAGAAGAUACAAUUUGUUGAGCAGCCCACCUACUCGAAGCUCAUUUCUCUUUUUGGAAGCUUGAUAUGCCCCCCCUGCACCCUGUUAAAGACCAUUCGGAUUGAUGCAAUUUUGAAGGUGGUUGCAAACAUGACAUCACUGAAAUUACCUCACAUAUUUUUAUUUUAUGUCAGAUGGUUUUAUCUCUUUUUCAUGGCUCUAUCAUCUGUUGUUAAAUAGGCUGACCAUGUUUCCAACAGGUUCACCAAAAACGUGGAAGAUUGCAGGUAAAUAAUGAAGAAGAUGAGUGUCAUAGAAAGAAACGGAUAAAAUGUUUGAUUGAUGACAGACCAUGACCAUGUACAUGUAAGAAUAUAAAUAAAAUCUGUAAAGUGCCAAUUGAGAAAACAUAAAUCUCAUGACUAAAUUAUUUAUUAUUAUUGUUAUUAUUUAUUCAUAAAGAAAACGAUAGUUUAAAAGCCUCAUAUUAAGGGCAUGAAUAUAAUACUUUUUUAAUGUAAUCAUAGCUAUUGAUAAAGGUGUGUAAUUAAUAUUUAUGCAAAAACAGAAACUAUAUCAAUCAAUGAUAAUAAUACAAGACAAUCAUUUAGAGGGCGUGAGUAUAAGUAGAUAUUUAUAUCAUAGUUACUCUUGCUAGGAAUAUGUAUCAUUUAUUGCCAACAUUUAAACUUUAGAAAUGUUUUGUACCUACUAUCUAUUCACCUUAGAAAUGGCACCACUUUGGACGUAACCUAUUGAGUACAGGAAUAUAAUAUGUUUAAGUACAUUCACACUUACAAAUUAUCAGAAAUAAUUAUUAGACCGAUAAAUGUAAAUUUUAUGCAUAAAUAAUGAAUAUUACUUUUUUAUAAGAAAGCUGGCACAUAAAAAUAUAGUAUUAAAGGGAAGAAAUCUAAUAUUAUUUCAUACAAUCAUAAUGAUUAGUUGCAAUGAAUAAUUACUAUAGUUUACCAAAAUGAAAAUUUUAUCAGUAAAUAAAUGAACACUACAAGUAUUGGAUUAAAUGGCACGAAUUUGAUAGUUUAGGUUAUAUUUAUAAUUACUAAUCACUAUGAUUAAUAUUAUUUAUUAGAAUAUGUAAAGUUAUGAAGAAAUAAGAAUUAUGUAUUGGAAGCUUAUGUGUCCACCAAAGGACACACAUCCACCCCAUAAUGUGUUUAGAACCACAUGUAGUCCAAAACUGAAAGUAAUGUAAUGUCGUAAUUGGUUCCCAUCAUAGUAAAAGUAUGAUUUCUUUAGUGAUGAUCUAAAAAUUAAGAAGCAUCUAGAUUCAUAGAAGAUUGGGUAUAUAAAGAGGAGUUUGAAAUAAAAGUCGCAUAGUUAUGCUUUGUAAUGUUUUCAAUUUGAAAAGCAUAUCUUGACAAAGUUAAAUCUUAUAUGAUUCACAUGAAUGAAUGUCAUCGUAUAUACUUUUUAUACAUUGCACCCUCUAGAUGUUUUCCUAAACUUGAAGAAAAAUGUACCCAUCGUCAAAUCUUGAUUCAUUCUAUUGAUGAGUGGAAAAUAAAUUUCUUGUCUAAACUAAGACUUUAAGCAUAAGUAGGAAGUUAUUGUAUUAACAAGUGUGCCGACCAUCACAUUUAUAAGGAUAAUGAAUUAAUCAUGGAAAGUAUUUAUUGAAACAAAUUAUUAUCUAUUUUGACUGUAGUCUAAUGUACAAUUGUAAUUAAGAGUUACAUAAUUCUAUAUGCGACCCCUAUUAAAUGUUUUUGAGCCAAAUCUAUAUUGUAUAUAAAUUUGUAUAUAGUUUUACACAUAUAAAAUGAGAUUUUUGCCUUUUUAAGAGUACACGUUCAAUAUUUUCAAGUAAAUUGAUAAUAUUUUCAAGUACAAUAUUUUUACCUUUAUUAUUUGUUAAUAUAAUGCCUUUUUUUGUCAUAAUAGAAAACCACUGAUAAGUUUUCAUUAUCAUGAGUUAAUAAUUAGUAAAUAACUCAUGAUAAAUAGACUUAUAUUUUUUUUAAAUUAUGAAAAAUAGUUUUCAAUUGAUUAAUGUAAUUUUUUUAGCUAAUUAGAUAAUUUUUUAUGCAUUUAUAUGAUUUUUAUAAUCCUAUUUUUUGAGAUAAAUCAAGAAAAAGAAAUUAAAAAAAAAUAUAGCAAAAAAGAGGGGACCCGUCAACCAACCAGGCCUAUAAGUAGAUUAGAAGUGUAGUCGGGGGGAGCCACGAGCAAGGGCUUGGGUGACUAGGACCAAUGGAGGCAUGUGUGCACCACUCCCCUUCCACGUCGCUGGUGGCCAGCCAAGUCUUAUGUAAGGAGUGGUUGUACAUGUGAGAGAAAAGUACUCAUUACUUGUAAAUGUGAUAUUACUAUAUAUUUGCUUAAAACAUUGGCGCACAAGUGAUGUGGGACUAAACCCACAUCACACCUUUCCUUGAAAGGCUUUGACGAUUUUAAUACCUAAAUUACUCCUUAAUUAUAAUAGAGAUAUACUAUGAAGACGUCACUUGAUAAGGGCAUUAGAGUACUUAUUUCAAUCUCUCUUAUAUAGGUGGACAAUCAGCACGGGUUUGAAUCCUCUUAGAGCCCAAUGAAACAUUAUCUCGACUUUCCUAUAGAUCACCAGUGAAGGAUUAAGCCAUUAAAAUUGUUAGAUCAUUGACAAAAAUCUUGUCAACGCAAUUCACAAAGCAUUGUUACUAAAAUUGCUGAAAAUGAUUCGCGAUAAAAGGAUCAUGAAUCUAUUGAGUAAAUCAUCUCUGAUUGAUCGAUGAACAAGUCGUCGUCGAGAAGAGGACAAUCUGUCGUGAGAUGAGUCACCACCUCCUGAGAGCAUACUAGAUGCAAUGAAGAGUCUCCUCUUGCUGCACAAACCUGAGGAUGAAGCUCCUUAACAUGCGUCCCACCUCCAUCUAGCUCCUCUCCAUCAGGUGACAGCCACUAGAGAGUCACAAAGUCAUUUUUUCGCUCUGCUAAGUGACAGUUGCCGGAGAUAAUUUGAUGAUCCAUUUUAUUGAUCUCUAAACUUCACAUAGACAUCUAGAGAUUGCCCACAUCGUCCUUGUCCAAGGAGAGCCUUUAAGGCCGUGGACACUACACGACAAUCUUCCCGAAUACUCAAAAUUCUCAUACAUCAUCGACACAUUAUUGCCAUGACGUUGGAAUUUUAUUUUUCUACUUUCAACUUAAUUUUUACUUCAUUUAGUGAUACUUUGUGUGAUUUAAAUUUACCAAGCUAUAUUUGAUUCAAUUACGAUUUUUCUACCUUUUACAGAUCUUAAUUUGAUUAAUUAGAUCAUUUGUAAUUGCUUACACAAGAAUCACUAGGCAUAACUUUGUUCCUAUUUCAUUUGCGUUUGUCAGGCACUGACAUCAUCCUAACAUCCGCACCCUUAUUUCCUUUUUUCACGAAUUGAAGUAUAUUUUAUUUUCAUUUCUCAGUAUAAAAUUCAUAAAAAAAUUAUAUUCUUUGAGAAAAAUACUAAAAAGUUACCUAAUAUUAUAUUACAUCUCUAUGAUCGACUUAAAAAAUUACCACUAUUUUUGUAAACUUAAUUGAAUUAUAAUUAAUAUAUUUGUUCAGAAAUACUUCUAAAUAUCUAAAAAUUAGUAUUUUCUAGUUUUAUAAUUUUUAAAUUACGUGAUUUACAAUACAACGACUAAGUCACGUCAAAAGGUUUUUCACCUUCCUAUGGAGAUCAAACAUAAGGCUUAUUAAGUUAUAAAGAAUCUUAAUCUUUCUUUAGAUGCCAUAGGUAUGCACCGUAUGUUGUAAUUGCAAGAGCUUCAAGAAGUACCCAAUGAGAUGUACGAGAAGUCUCUAAUUUACAAAGAAAAAAUGAAGGCUUUUUAUAACAAGAAGGAGAGCAGAAAGAGUUUUCAUGAGCAUCAAAAAGUUUGGCUUUACAAUUCUCGAUUGAAACUAUUCCUCGAGAAAUUAAAAUCUAGAUGGGAUGGACCAUACCUUGUGAUUAAAGUUUUUGACUAUGGUCCAAUAUUAAUUGCAGAUCUAAAACUAGUAAAAAUUUUAAUGUGAAUGGGCAAAGAUUAAAACCUUAUUUAGAAAAUGAACCCUCCUUCUUUACCCAUUUCCACUCAAUUAUAUGAUCCAUCCAUUGAACCUCAAUCUUCUUAGAACUUUCCCUCCAUGAUGUACUCUAAGAUGGCAUAGCUUUCUUUUCCACUACAUUCCAUUUUUAUUAUUUUUCUCUAUCCUUUGAUAUUUUUCUUGAGUUUUUAUUAAGCGAACAGAUCCAGUGUUCUAGAGGAAUUGCAUAUCAUGAUACAGAUUAAUACAAAAGAAAAUCAGAAGGAUGAAGAGUGAAAAUCAGUUUGCACAUUUAAUGCUUUCUCCUUUUUCUCUUAUAUAGAUAUAUUGAGGACAAUGCGAAUGGUCAUUUGGGGGGGAAGAAUAAAUGCACGAGGGUGAAUACAUGAGAUUACAUCAGGUGCUAUAGUGCUUAUAACUAAAUCAUGAAGUUCAUCAUCUUUCAUGGUGCAUAUAACCCACACUCCUAAAUUGAGAAAAUCUACUUUGGUCUUCUGCCGGAUUUAUGUUAUGAAUUCUUAUUAUUAGCUAUGAGUAGUAAAUUGAAUCUUUCUCUUUCUUGAUUAGUAGUCAAUCAAAAAAAAUUCAAAUUAUUUGAUGCUUUUACAAAUCAUUAAUCAUCAUUAAACUUGAGACAAAAGAAUAAAACAUGGUAAAGAUUACACUAGAAAAAAUAAAAUAAAAUUGUAGUAGCACCUUAGCUGAUUUCAUGGGGCUUCCACAUGUGAAAUUAUGAUCAACAAGGCUUACAAAAUACUUCUUGUAAUGAUUCUUCUAGCUUUUACAAAUCUUAAUUUGGCUAACAAAAUUGUCUAUAAUCGCUUAUGUAAAAAUCACCAGGUAGAACUCUAUUUCUACUCGGUUUGCAUUCAUUAG